GGGUGCAACAAAUUUUCUGGCUUGGCUAAUCAUCGAGUUACAAUUUUUGGGUGAUACAAGCUGAUAGAGUUACAAGUGUUAUGGACUAUACCUCUGUAUUAUCUUGCAGGAAGCUGAGCAUAUAUCUCAAGCUUACUUCAUCUUCUGUUAACAAGGUGAAACCAAUCACCUAUAGUUUUUCCAUUCAGGAGGAAGUUGGCACUACACACAAUAGCGUGAUCCUUUCGUAACCUGGCAAUGUCACCAUUGCUGUGCUUGUGAUCACCUCUACAUGGGAGGCCUUUGUACUUUCCUAAAUCGUUGAUUACAUCGGAAUUCAACAUCCAGAUUCCAGCAUCACUCCAAUACAAUCAUCACUUCUUUUAAACAUUUGCUGUUUUGGCCAGUUAAGAAACAAGUGGAUCUAAAUAAUAAACUUGAACCUUGAGGUUUGAAAAAAUUAUCAUGAUUCUGAAUAAAGGUAGCUGUAUUCUACACGGCAUCCUUAAAACACAAGUCAACUACCAACAAAAGACAAAGAGGUAUCUUCUUAGACCAUCAAACUGAGCAACUAGCGAACCAUUUAAUUGCUUCAGGUCAAACUCGUCAUCAAGCUUCGUAACGCUCCAAGGAAAAAAAAAAAAAGAGAGAGAAGAACGCUAGCUGCAGCUUAGAAAAUGGCAGAAGACAAGAACAUCGUCCAUAUUCCAAAAGUCAAACUGGGCACCCAAGGACUUGAGGUCUCAAAGUUAGGCUUUGGAUGUGCGGGCCUGACCCGCUUGUAUAAUGCUCCACCCUUAGAAGAGGAUGGCAUUUCAUUAAUAAAGGAGGCCUUCAAUAAGGGGAUCACCUUCUUUGAUACAGCUGAUGUAUAUGGAGCCCAUUCUAAUGAAGUUAUGAUCGGCAAGGCCUUGAAGCAGUUGCCAAGAGAAAAAAUUCAGCUAGCCACGAAGUGCGGCAUUGCAGGAGUGACACCUACUGGUAUGAUUGUGAAAGGAACCCCCGAGUAUGUGCGUUCGUGUUGUGAGGCUAGUCUGAAGCGCCUUGGUGUGGGAUACAUUGAUCUGUAUUAUCAACACAGAAUAGACACAACAAUUCCUAUAGAGGAAACUAUUGGUGAGCUCAAGAAGCUGGUGGAAGAGGGAAAAAUCAAGUACAUUGGCUUGUCUGAGGCCAGCCCAGACACAAUUAGAAGGGCCCAUGCAGUUCAUCCCAUCGCAGCUUUACAGAUGGAAUAUUCACUUUGGACUCGUGAUAUUGAGGAAGAGAUAAUUCCACUUUGCAGGGAGCUUGGUAUUGGAAUUGUCCCAUACAGUCCUCUUGGUUGUGGGUUUUUUGGUGGCAGAGCUGUUGUUGAAAGCUUACCUGCAAAUAGCUAUUUGGCCUCACAUCCUCGGUACAAGGGAGAGAACUUGGAAAAGAACAAAAACAUAUAUACUCGCAUAGAAAACCUUUCUGAAAAGCAUAAAUGCACUCCUGCUCAACUAGCUCUGGCAUGGGUCUUGGAACAAGGAGAUGAUGUUGUUCCUAUUCCUGGGACAACUAAGACAAAGAACCUGGAAAACAACAUUGGCUCUUUUCUGGUGAAACUUACGAAAGAGGAUCUAAAAGAAAUUUCAGAUGCUGUACCCAUAGACGAGGUUGCAGGUGACAGAGUUUCUGAAAACAUGAAGAGUACAACAUGGAUAUACGCAAACACACCUCCGAAGGCAAGCAAGGAUACAUGCACAGGCUUCAACCGCUAACACAGCUGAGUUCAGGACCAUACAUCGUAAAUGGCGUGCAUACUUACCUCCCUCCUGUGAUUCAAGCCAAAGUAAGGCUGACCAAAGGUCUUCUACCUUAAGUCCUGACUCGUGGCAAUGCACCAACUCUGCCGUGCGUCCAAAGUAGCCGCAUUCCAUUCCAAACGCAAAAGAAAGACCGAUUAUUUGAUACAAUCUUCACGUCUUUUAAACAUUAGCUGUUCUGGGCAGU